UACAACAGAUUUGACUGAUGAUCUACUCGCCGGGGUGUGCAGACAGUUUGAGAACGAACACUAGUUCGGACGGGACACAGUGGACUUUGUUGGCAGAAUGGCGAAUGAGCAAGCAGGUGUUAGGUCUUCGCCACCAGAGUGCCAAGAAAAUUGUGUGUUCUGCCAGUCUAAUGGCGAAUCCGGUGCAGCAGCUAGUCAGUUGAAAAUACUCAAGUGUCUUCACGUAUCGUGCAAAUCCUGUGCAGAGCAGUUUCUGCGCUACGACAACACUAUUCGCUGUGCUCGAUGUCAAAUAGUUACACCAGACCCUGGUCCAGGUCGCAAACUCACCGAAUGCCUCGUUAGCUGGCCUACUCGCCUAUCAAGUGCCAGCCAAGACCGAGUUGUGCAUGGCGAAGUGCAAAAUGUGUCGGAUCCAAUGGGCUGUGGUGAGAAAUUGCUGUGUCAGAAUUCCGACUGCGAAGAUGCUGAGGAGCCAGCCGCAAUGCGAUGUGUGACGUGCGAUCUUCUGCUUUGCGAACAGCACUCAGCUAUCCACACCAGACAUCGGAAGCGUAAAAACCAUAGCCUGGCAGAGGUUCCCGUGCUGAAGAGGACCAGGAAGUCGCUGGUAUCACGCUUUGAGUCAGAGCGUUGCCCGCUGCACAAUGAAGAUCUAUUAUUCUACUGUAAGUCUUGCAAUACGUUGAUGUGUGAUAGAUGCCAUGCCAACCAUCAGUGGGCUGCACAUAUGCAUCACGAAGUUGUUGAGAUAGCCGCGGCUGCUAAAGACAUCAGAAAAAGUCAAGAUUCGCGUCAGCUCGUAUCAUCGACUCUGCACGAACGGGUGACUUCGGUGGAGGCGUCCAUUGUUGCCGUGAAUGCGCAGACGAAGGCAAUAUCGGAGAAGAUCAAUGCUGAUGUCGCUGCUGCCGUGAAGGUCAUUGAGGACAAUGGCGAGGCGUUCCGGGCGACACUUGACGAGCAAAGAUGGCGUGCAUUGAAGCAGCUAGAGGAGAUGAAGAGUGCCAGGGAAGAGGAGCUACGCAAACACAACAUCGCCAUCUACCUAUCCAGACACAUGCCCGAUGCAGCCGUGCUGCAAGUGCUAUCUGACGACCACGAGCAGUACGCUAGCAGCAAUAGCAGAGACGGCAGCGAGGAUGACAGUGACCAUAACGCACCGACACCGUCCACUGGCUCCAGCGGUGAGUACGCCGAGCCAACAGGCUUUGACCUCGGGAUCGAUUAUUCUCCGGAAAUGGAACGCGCCGCCAGGCUUUUCUCAUGGAGCUCGCGGCAGAUUCCGGACAGAACUGUAGGCUUUCUACCCACAGCCCGUGGGUAUGUUGACCAUUCCUUCGAUCACGAUGUGAUGUCGCCGGACAUCGAUCUUUACUCAAACGGGAAAAUUGCAAAACGCCAGACUAGACUCGACACUACGUGGGGUUCGGUCUGCGCUAUCGCUCCACCCUGUGAGUUUAGCGUGAAAGUCUUAACCGGUUGCGCAUUCCUUGGCUUUGCUAGCUUAGACGUGCCAGCCAUGUCUGGUGUGCGCUGGGCUCACGGGAUUGGUGACUUCUAUGGAUGGUCACCUAGAGAGUGUCUGCCUGACAACCACCCUGUGUAUGCUGGUGGCAUGCUGGGUCAACCGUGGCAGGAUGAUGACGUCAUCAGCCUUACGCUCGACACAGUGGAGCACACGGCAACUGCCGUGCACGAGCCCACUGGUGCGAAGGAGACGAUCAAAAUCGACGAAGGUGCGUUCCCGGUUUGCUUCCGUGCCGAAUUGUACGGUGGAGCAGCCAUUCAACUGCUCCCCAUCGAAGUUAAUGUGUAAUUCUAAGAAUCAGGGAGGAGAGAGAGAGAGAGACAGACAGACAGGGAAUAGCGAGUUAUAAACUGAGCAAGGUGUCGAGGACUGAUUCAUGCCUUUCAGUUUCCUUAGCUUCAGGGACUGUUGCCGAGUGUUGCCACUCUGAGUGUGGUCUGCUCUUCUUUUUGUCCUAAGUCGGACUGGCUUGUUCUCAUAAUUGCUGGCACAGGUUUCUUGUUCUGGAAUUAUUACUAAUUGCCAGAUUGUUUUUCAAAUGUUGCCGUUCUCUGUUUUCGCAUGCGUGUUCUUUCUGUGAGCAGUCAUUGUUCUUACCGGUACAGUCAGAUCUCGCUUAUCCGGUCCUCGUUUAUCCGGAUCCCUCGGCAGUCGCCAUCCGGAAGAAAAUCGUUGGUUACCGAUUUAUAGCAUAUGCCAUGUACACAUACAGUAGGUGUGUUUGAUUAUCCGGUUCCCUCGCCUGUCCGGACAUUUUCGUGGAAAACGGAUGUGUGCGGUUAAGCGAGGUCUUACCGGUACUACUGCAGCACCUUUUUUUUCUAGUUUCCUGUCUGCCCUGAGGCUGCUAAACGUUCAAUUCAUCAAUUGCCCCCAUGCCGCCAGUCUCGUACCGUGAACAUCAAUUGCUCUGACUUGGCCGAUCCUUUACACCAGUA